AUGGCAAGCAUGGCUCUGGUGUCGAGGAAGUGGAGGGAGCUGACGGAGCACCGAUCGCUGUAUCGCUCACUGUCGAGUGUGAAUGCUGAUGGGUCCGUGAACUGGGUCAACUUCAAGAACUUGGGCUUCAAGUGCAAGGGCACCGAGGGGAAAUGCUUCAAGUGUCUCGAGCGUUCCACUGGUAAAAUUCUGGCCGUGAAGAGGCCUAGGGUCUUUCCCAAGCUGACAGUGCUGAAGGGGGUGAAGCACGACCACAUUUCGUCGCCGGAGUUGAUCAGUCUCGCCAAGGAUCAGCUCCACACAUUUUCCCCUUACGUGGAUAAAACGCUGCAGGAUUUUAUCAAUCCAACGGAAACCCCGGAGGGUGGACGCGAGCUACCCGAGACGGUGAUCCGUAAGAUUCUGCAUCAACUUCUAGAUGCGAUGGUGUAUUGUCAUCGCCGUGGGGUCUUGCACCGCAAUCUCAAGCCAAAGCAUUUGCUUGUCAAGACGUCCGACUCGGAGAAUCUCAGUGAUGCAAUGCUGGAGAUCUCGGACUUUUCUUUGGUUCGUGCGCUGGGAGUCCCCAGUCGGGCGUACACGACGGAGGUGGUCACGCUUUGGUACCGCGCUCCCGAGAUAUUGAUGGGGGUGCAAGGGUACUCUUCACCGGUCGAUAUGUGGUCUAUUGGUUGCAUUUUUGCUCAAAUGGCUCGAGGGGAGCCGCUCUUCAGCGGUAUUUCGGAGAUUGAUCAGCUGUUCCAGAUUUUCAGCAAACUGUCAACCCCCACAUCCGAUGCAUGGCCAGGUUUCUCGUCGUUGCCGAACUACAGCUCCGAGUUCCCGCACUGGGACAGUCAGCCUUGGGCUCGCCUCGUGCCGGGCAUUUCGGUCCCAGGGAUCGACCUGCUGUCGAAAUUGCUUGCGUAUAACCCAGAGCAGCGAAUUACGGCGGAAGAAGCACUUCGCCACCCGUAUUUCUUCGAUGAUGCACCUGCGUUCUUGCCGCUGCCUUUGAAGAAUCUGGUGAACCAGAUGUACCAUUCGAAAACCCUUCACGCCACCCACCGAGAAAUGCUCGUCGACUGGAUCAUCGAAGUGAUGGAUGCGUUCGAGAUGUGCCCCCGGACAGCUUUUCUGGCAGUCAAUUACACGGACCGGUACCUAGAUACUGUCUUGAUCGAGAAGACGCAGUUCCAGCUCCUUGGCGCAACCAGCCUGCACAUUGCGUCGAAGCUUGAAGACGUGAAUUAUAUUGGCGUGGAGGAUCUGGCCAUGUGCGCCGACACGGUGUUCACGGCUGCGCAAGUGUUGAAGAUGGAAGAAAAACUACUGAACACUCUCAAUUUCACACUCUCGGUGCCUACUGCGCUGGAUUUCCUGAACAUUUACGAGAGGAUGAUACCAACUAUUCAUGAGACGACGUCCAUGCUGGCUCAUUAUCUGUUGGAGCUGACGCUGCAAGAAUAUCAGAUCUUGAAGCACCUGCCGUCGGUGGUGACGACUUGUUGUCUGUCGUUGGCCAUGUAUACGAUCGACGGAGUUCCAAUGACCAAAGAGCUGGUCGAUGCCAGCAAGUACAACUGGUCGGAUCUGAAGGAGUGUAUGGGAGAGCUCCAGAAUCUGUACGCUAACUCACCGUCGAACAACCUGCUGGUGAUCAAGAAGCGCUAUUCGAAAGCAGAACGUUACCAGGUGGCUGACAUUCCUCCGCCCAAGUCAUUCAGGAUGGCAUUUUAA